AUGAGCUGGAAAGUGGGAUGGGGCGAGCCCAUGAAUAACGAGCAUGCCAUCGCCUCCGUGUGCCACCGCCAGUUGGAUCCAUUGAGCCUUGUGCAACUGCAGGAGGUGCUCACAUACCGCUGGCAGUCCGCUCAUCCGGAGCCCAGGCAACCCAUGAGACAUGCAGGCCUCCCAGGCUACCCGCGCCACCGGCUGAAUGCCACCAGCUCGAGCCCCAGUCUUCCGGGUCUUCCUGGGCUCGAGUCCAGCACCCAGGCUACCCGGGCCUCUCGCGCUCGGGCGCGGGCCGGCACGGGCUCUUCCAAGGGCCUCCUUCCCGAACUGGAGACCGGCGCCUCGACUGCCGGCGCCCUGCGGGCUGCAGCCUCCAUCCCGGACUUCACGAAGUCCAGCCGCGGCUUCGAGCGACAUGAUCGACUCCGUGACGGCCGAUUCUAG